UGUACAUGUUUAAUGCUAAACAACUAUUAUAAUGUAAAAUAAUCCGAGGAAGCAACCUUCUUCACCCAUGGACAGAUUGAAAGGCUGAUAAGUAGCUGAGGUGGAUUAGAAAGAGAGUUGGGAAGACCAAUCACUGCUAGUGGGAGUAUUUUGUUAUGCACUUGGAAGAGACGCGCUCCAGCUUCUCGAAUCGUGUGUCCCUUUCAGCACCACGAACAGCUACCACCACGCUGGGCUGUAAAGCCUUGAACGGAGAUUGAAGGGCAGCACACACAGUUAAAGGAAUCUAGAACAUAUAUGGCUCCAUGGUUAUCUUAAGGAUACUGUUCUCCUCAUUUCAUGAUUUCAACUUUUUGCUGAACACCAGUUUGAAAUGUCAGGCACAGGUGACAGUGGCAUUAAAAAACACUACCUGUCAAUGAUCUUUGGCUGGAAUUGAUUUCUUUCAGUUGCUGCAUGGCUCCUUUUUGAGAGGAAGGGGCACUGAUGACUGCGUUCAUGUGUUGUGCCCUCAGAUGGUUUGUCUAUUCUAGUAACCAGAAAAAGUUUCUUUCCUUUACCCCUCUCUGCAACUUAAACAAGCAUGGUCCAAGUCGGAAAACGUUCCAUUUCCUAUCACUGCUUCCUCUUGCUGACAGCAAAAUGCUGCUGGUUGUUAACUGCCAUGCAGACAUCGGAUGCCCAAGAGCAUGCUCAUUCCAUUCGCCUGGAAGGUGAUAUCAUUUUGGGAGGACUAUUUCCUGUUCAUUCCAGAGGAGAGCGUGGGGUCCCUUGUGGGGAACUAAAAAAGGAGAAAGGAAUCCACCGGCUAGAAGCCAUGCUUUAUGCUAUUGACCAGAUCAACAAAGAUCCUGAUCUUCUCCCAAAUGUCACUCUGGGAGUGCGAAUCCUGGAUACCUGUUCUAGAGACACGUACGCCCUGGAGCAGUCCUUGACUUUUGUACAAGCCCUCAUUGAAAAGGAUGCAUCUGAUGUAAGGUGUGCCAAUGGGGACCCCCCUAUUUUUGCCAAGCCUGACAAAAUUGUAGGAGUAAUAGGAGCUGCUGCUAGCUCUGUGUCUAUAAUGGUAGCCAACAUCUUAAGGCUUUUUAAGAUACCUCAAAUUAGCUAUGCAUCUACAGCCCCAGAGCUAAGUGACAACACCAGGUAUGACUUUUUCUCCCGAGUUGUUCCUCCUGAUUCGUAUCAAGCACAAGCCAUGGUUGAUAUUGUCACCUCUUUGGGAUGGAACUAUGUGUCAACACUGGCCUCGGAGGGAAAUUACGGAGAGAGUGGUGUGGAGGCAUUUGUACAGCUCUCAAGGGAGUACGGUGGUGUUUGCAUUGCACAGUCACUGAAAAUCCCCAGAGAACCCAAACCUGGUGAAUUUGACAAGAUAAUUCAACGCUUGAUGGAAACCUCAAAUGCUCGUGGUGUGAUCAUGUUUGCAAAUGAAGAUGACAUCAGGCGAGUUUUGGAUGCAGCCAAGAAAAACAACCAGACCGGCCAUUUCCUUUGGGUUGGUUCAGAUAGUUGGGGUUCCAAAAUUGCACCAGUUUUUCAACAAGAAAAGGUGGCUGAAGGUGCUGUUACAAUCCUGCCAAAAAGAGCUUCAAUUGACGGUUUUGACAGAUUUUUCCGGAGUCGAACCCUUGCAAAUAACAGAAGAAAUGUGUGGUUUGCUGAAUUUUGGGAAGAAAAUUUUGGAUGCAAAUUAGGGUCACAUGGCAAGCGAGUCGGAAACCUGAAGAAAUGCACUGGAUUGGAAAAAAUUGGCAGAGAUUCCAGUUAUGAACAAGAAGGGAAGGUACAGUUUGUUAUAGAUGCAGUAUACUCCAUGGCCCAUGCAUUACAUAAUAUGCAUAAGGAACACUGCCCAGGUUAUGUUGGACUCUGUGCACGAAUGAGUAACAUCGAUGGGAAAGAACUACUCCAUAAUAUUCGAUCUGUAAAUUUCAAUGGAAGUGCAGGAACUCCAGUCAUUUUCAAUGAGAAUGGUGAUGCUCCUGGGCGCUAUGACAUUUUCCAGUAUCAGAGCACCAACAGAUCAACAACAGAAUACAAGAUAAUUGGACAUUGGACUGAUCAGCUUCAUUUAAACAUGAAUGAAAUGCAUUGGACGACAGGGGAUUCCUCCAUUCCGGCCUCUGUCUGUAGUGUUCCAUGUAAACCAGGAGAGAGAAAAAAGACUGUGAAGGGGGUGCCAUGCUGCUGGCACUGUGAACGCUGUGAAGGAUAUCAUUACCAAGUGGAUGAGUUCAGCUGUGAGCUCUGCCCUUAUGACCAGAGGCCUAAUGAGAACCGCACAACCUGCCAGCCAAUUCCCAUUAUCAAGCUGGAAUGGCACUCACCUUGGGCAGUGGUACCAGUCUUUAUAUCUAUGCUGGGAAUCAUUGGAACCACCUUUGUAAUUGUGACCUUUGUAAAAUACAAUGACACUCCAAUUGUAAGGGCAUCUGGGAGGGAAAUGAGCUACGUGCUUUUGACUGGCAUAUUCCUUUGUUAUGCUAUCACUUUUUUAAUGAUUGCUGCCCCGGACACUGCUGUGUGUUCCUUCCGUCGUAUUUUCCUGGGACUUGGCAUGUGUUUUAGUUAUGCUGCCUUAUUAACAAAAACUAACAGGAUCCACCGCAUUUUUGAGCAAGGCAAAAAAUCAGUCACGGCACCUAAAUUUAUAAGCCCUGCUUCCCAGCUGGUUAUUACAUUCAGCCUCAUCUCCUUUCAGUUGCUGGGUGUAUUGAUCUGGUUUGCUGUGGAUCCCCCUCAUAUCAUAGUAGACUACGGGGAGCAAAGAACACCAGAUCCUCAGAAUGCCAGAGGGGUUCUCAAAUGUGACAUUUCUGAUCUUUCGCUAAUCUGUUCUCUUGGAUACAGUAUUCUCUUGAUGGUCACAUGCACUGUUUAUGCCAUAAAAACGAGAGGUGUUCCAGAGACAUUCAAUGAAGCUAAGCCUAUUGGAUUUACCAUGUACACAACGUGCAUCAUCUGGCUAGCUUUUAUACCAAUAUUCUUUGGUACAGCACAAUCAGCAGAGAGGAUGUAUAUUCAAACAACAACCCUUACAAUCUCUAUGAGCCUAAGUGCAUCAGUUUCUCUGGGCAUGCUGUACUUACCCAAGGUUUACAUCAUCAUCUUGCACCCAGAGCAGAAUGUGCAGAAGCGCAAGCGCAGCUUCAAGGCUGUUGUGACAGCAGCCACUAUGUCCAGCAAGCUGACACAAAAAGGAAAUGACAGGCCAAAUGGAGAGGUCAAAACUGAGCUCUGUGAAAGCCUUGAAACCAACAGGGAUCAAGAGUGGGUUUCCUUAUCGAAAUAUGAAUGCAUAGAGAGGGCAACGAUGUCAGAAGCUGCCGCAUCAUCUACCAAAACAACAUAUGUGAGUUAUAGCAACCACGCCAACUGAAAGAUCUGAAGAGGAUAACUCUACUCAUGAUUAAAUUAGGGAUUACUUACAUAAGGAUAUAAGAAGAAUUCAACAAGCACAACGGCAUGAGACAUUGUAUGAAACAUUAAGAUGAACUGCUCUUUCCGGAAGACAGAGUAUAAUAUUAAGUUUGUUUGCUUGUAUUCAUACAGAGUAAAUCACCCAGCCAUAAAAUAAUAAAAAAAAAAGCAUAGGCUGAGACACCAGUCAGAAAGAACAUUUGACUUUGGGCAAAAAAACAAAUAAAUAAAUAAAUAAAAGUUGCCAAUGGAGUCAACUAUAUUUGUUGUUAUCAUACUUGUAAGUACUUUUUUGUGGUUGUGAUAAUUUUCAUUCUGGUCCCACUUUGUCCAACAUGCAUAAUGAGAUGAAAUUGUCUCUUGUAAUGGCUAACUGGGUUGAAGUCCUGGGUUGUGAUCAUAUAAAUGCAAUGGUCUAAGCAUGCCAAUUUUUAUACAAAAAAAAUAUUUAUAAUAAAGGAAUGUUUUGCAAAUGUUGAGCGUUGUUUGGUGCCGAUUUAAGAAAGUUAAGAAACAAAGAAAAAAUAUUUUUUAAAGGUGUUAAAGUAUUGUGGACCACCUAAACAUGCUCUGUAGAGCCCACAUACUGUAGAGAUAUUGUUAUGAAUACACAUAUGCACACAGAAGAAGCAAACUAUGUAACUGCCAAUAAAACCUGAAAGUUUAUAUAUUUUUGAUUUUCUUAAUAUUUUUGUAUUGUAGAUAAUAAUGCAAAACUUAAU